AUGUCCAACUCACUUGAACACAUUCUCUUUAUGAACCUCCGCGAGGACAUGAACCAACAGGAGCAUCAAUCAUUGCUCGAUCAGAUCGAGAAGAUGAAGAACUCCAUCCCAGGCGUCUUGGUCAUCAACUUUGGCAAGAACCUUAACAAAGAUAGAAACGGAGGCUACAACUAUGGUUUCAGAGUAUUGCUCCGCGACCCAGCUGAUCUCCCUGUCUACGACGCUCAUGCCACUCACCAGGAGUUCAAGAACAUCCUGAACGGCGUGCGUGUCGGACCUCCCAUCGUCUCAGACUUUGUCGUUCCCCGUGCUUCCAAUUAA